AUGGCGUCGCAGCUGCCACGAGUGUGCGUCACUGGAGGUGGCGGGUUCAUCGCCUCCUGGCUCGUGAAGCUGCUCCUCGCCCGUGGCUAUGCCGUCCAUGCCACUGUCCGUGACCCAUGUGAUCCAAAGAAUGCCCAUCUGAAGCAGCUGGACGGAGCCCCAGAGAAUCUGCAUCUGUUCAAGGCUGAUGUGCUGGACUGCGAGACUCUGACACCCGCGGUUCAAGGAUGUCAGGGGGUCUUCCAUCUUGCCACUCCGGUGCCUGAAGAUAAGAUUCUUCAUCCUGACCUCGAUGUACUAGACCCUGCUGUGAAAGGCACCUUAAAUGUUUUAAAGGUUUGCUCAACUCUGAAGGUUCACAAAGUUGUUGUGAUGUCCUCCAAUGCUGCUGUUACUUCCAACCCGAAUUGGCCUCAAGAUAGAAUCAAAGACGAGAGUUGCUGGUCAGACACAGAGUUCUGCAAGGAGAAGGAGGACUGGUAUUCCCUUGCCAAGACUCUGGCUGAACAAGAAGCCUUGGAAUAUGCACGUAACAACGGACUAAAUGUUGUUACACUUUGCCCUCCUUUUGUUUUUGGUCCAUUGUUGCAGUCUUCAGUGAAUGCAAGCAGCAAACUCCUCAUCUAUGUUAUAAAAGGAGGCCCUGAUGUGAUGACCAACAGAAUGUGGGAGAUAGUAGACGUCCGCGACGUGGCCGAUGCUCUGCUCCUGUUGUACGAGAAGAAUCAGUCGUCAGGGAGAUACAUUUGCUCGCCGAAUCGCGUUUGCACUAGGGAUUUAGUGGACCUGUUGAAGAAGAUGUACCCAGAGUACGAUUACGUAAAUAACGUUGUGGAUGCUGAUCAUGCAGGACCACCUUUGUCUAGUCAGAAGCUGAGGGAUCUGGGUUGGGAACCAAGGAAGCUGGAAUCGACGCUCUCAGACAGCGUCCAGUCAUAUGAAAAGGCAGGCCUUCUCCAGGAUGUACCUGGGAAUCCUUGCCGCCUCCCGUUUCUCAUUCGCGCGUGGCUGUAG